UAGACCCGCAGGGGGUUUGGUGGGGACUGACGGCGGUGAGCUGGCGCUGCCCGGGACGGGCGAACGGCCACCGCGCGUCCAGUUGGCACUUGACACUCUUGCUUUGUGUUACAGUUACCAGCUGGUGACUACCACCACGUGUAUACGAUAUCGGAGGAGCCCUCCUGCUACAUGUACAUCUACGUGAACACCACCAUGGUGCGUUUUGAGGAGACGUACACCCGUUUUGUGGAGCUGCAGGAGAAGAUCAAGAACGGAACAGAGACGGAGGAGAUUUCGCCUGAGGUGCAGACGGUGCUGAAUGGGAGCUCGGAGGACGUCAACAUCACGGAUCCCGCGUUGGCCGCUUUCGUGCGUCGACAGCGCCGGCAGGUGGAAUACGAGCGGAGGAAGAACGCAACGCUGGCUGAGAGAUUUGUCCGGUUUGCCCAGAAGAAACACCAAACUUUCCGAAGGAGUAUUCUCAUGACCGGCUACGCGAUACGGAACCUCCUGUUCGGACGACCCCCCAUGGAGCAACUAAUGGAGGAGCUCGAGUUUGCAAACAUGAAACUUUACGAAAACACAGACCCUGAAGCUCAGAGGAAGGCCUGGCCUAAGGUGGAAGACCACGCUGAACUAUGAUAAUCUCGCAUCCACAUCGCCGGUUCAAAUCCCAAGCUUCCUGAAGUCAAUAUGUCCAUGUCCAGAAGAAACCCUGAACUAUUUUUUAUAAGCAAUAAACGGAACUUUAAUUUG